AUGUUUAUCACAAAGCCCUGGAAUCUCUGUCAUCACAACACCACUAUCGCCGACGCACUGUGUUCUCAUCUACCGGCUGUAACCUCUGCCACGUGGAACGGAACAACAGAGGUGGCAGUGAAAAUGCUGAAGCCGGGCGCUAUGUCGACGGAGGAGUUUCUCAAGGAGGCGCGCAUCAUGAAGGCAGCGCGGCACCCACGGUUGGUGCGUCUCUACGCAGUGUGCGUGGAGGAUCCCAUCUACAUCGUCACCGAGCUGAUGCCCCAUGGUAGUCUCCUCUACUUCCUCCGUGAUGGUCCUGGACGCCAUCUCACCCUCCGACCGCUAAUCGACAUGAUGGCGCAGUGUCUGGACAUGGUACAGUGUCCAUUCACUGUCAUCAUCCGACCGACACCUAGGGCUGAUGGGAGUGGUCGUGGUGGUAGGGGGGUGGGGGGGCUGAUAGCUACGAUCAUAGAAGUCUAUUCGGUUUUAGCCGCCCCUUGUCCCUCCCCUCAUCUCCCUUGCAGACGUCAGAAAAUGGAGGAGUCGAGACAAGAGUUCAUUAUAAAUGCGUACUGGACGGGAUGGAUGGAACUCCAUGCUACCGAGAUAGUAAUUGAUGGGUUGGGAAUGCUCCCCUCCAGCGAAACCAAUCUACCUCAAUACGGUCCCCCUUCGUUUCGAUUUACCGAACUUUACAUUCAUCCACAUCGAUUAUGUGCCGUCUCUUUCCACUGUUUCAGGACGGAGUUCAUCGCCUUUUACGUCCACUCUACUCUGUCUUUCUUUCACACUCGUUCACCUAGUCAAUCGUCCUCUUUUACUUCUCAUUCCGUUGAACAGAUCGCUAGCGGAAUGGCCUACCUAGAACGCGAGCGCUACAUCCAUCGUGACUUGGCGGCACGGAAUAUCCUAGUGGGCGAGAACAACGCCGUGAAGAUUGCGGACUUUGGACUGGCGCGGAUGGUCGUGGAGGAGCGCUAUGAGACGUAUGUGGCACAAAAUGGUACCAAGCUGCCCAUCAAAUGGACGGCCCCGGAGGCUGCACUCUCAGGACGCUUCACGGUGAAGUCGGAUGUCUGGUCUUUCGGCAUUGUCCUCUACGAGAUUAUCACCCACGGCCAGGUAUCGGUGAUUUUUCAGCAACCAACUGAGCCCUCGGUGCCCUAUCCCUCUAUGAACAACACCGAGACUCUAAACCAAGUGAGCUCCGGGUAUCGUAUGCCUCGUCCAUCUGCUUGUCCCGAGGGUGUCUACGAGGUGAUGCUUCAGACGUGGGAUGCCACGCCGGAGCGUCGACCGACCUUCGAGUACCUGUGCGCCUACUUCGAGGAGUACUUCGUUGCCUCCGAACCCACCGGCUAUCAUCAGCGAGACCAUCGCAAUGCCACCAUCACUAACGAACCCUCUCCAGGAGGUCUCUUGCGUCCACGACAUCUGGACGAGGGAGUUGUAGAGGCUGUCGAAAAAUUGGAUGGGGUGGAAGAUAUAGACGCCGAUACAGUGGCGGGAGGUGGAAAGGAGGAAGAGGAGGAAGAUCUGGAUGCAGAGAUCAUAAAUUUGGCAAGAACUGGGACGGAAUUCCAUCAUCACCACCAUCAACGGAACCAUCACAGCCACACUCACCGUCCCUCGCACAACGAUGCCCCGACUCCAAUGGCUGUGGUUCUGGACGGGGUUGCAAGGACUUUGUGGCGUGGCUCAGUUCCCAUUCUUGGAAGCAAUCCCAGUUCUUCUGUUGGUGGAUCUCCGAAGACCGGAUUUCUUUCUUCUAUGACGCUUUUCGUGGACGGGAACCUCUCUUGGCGAAUCUGCAGUUUCAAGAACCGUGGGACCUUCCUCAUGCGGAAUGCGAUGAAAAAGAGGAAGCGAGAGGAAGCGAACUUUAGUUCUGCUUCAGUUGCUGCUACCUCCAUCGCUUGGGAGUGGAAAAAAACCUGCACUCUGUCCGGAAUCAAGUGCUACCUACGAACGCUGUGCAGCAUUCGAUGCCUUCUCGUGGUAGUAACCCCGGGCCGCGAUGUGAUUGGCUAA